AGGCCCUUCGGCUCCAGUGGUGGCCUUGUCGGCGCGGCAGGGCCCGUCCGGUAAGGUACCCCCCUUCCCCCCAAGGGGGCGCCCCAGCGCGCUCCCCUCGCCGCCCUCCCGCGCCCAGGGCCGCAUCUAGGGUAUCCCCGAGGAUGCAGGGUUCCGAUGUCGAGGGUUGGAAGAAGCAGGUGACCGCUGCCGACCGCAUGUCGGCCGCUAUGAGGUCCAACGACUUCCUCGUGGCCUGGCUCGUCCCCGCCGCGGUCUUCAUGUUCCUGCUGGUCCUCUACGCGUGCGCGUUCAUGCAGGCUCCCCUCGUCUGCGGCGCCUUCUCCUGUGUGGCCUUCGCGGCCACGCUGGUCUGCGCCCUGUGCCACGCGAGGCGCCCCGCGAUGCUGCCGCUCGCGCUGUCGAUGCUCGUGGCCACGGCGAUGGGCACGCUCUUCGGGCUGUACUGCUACGACUCUUACUCAAUCUACCCCAGGUUCUACUCCAACGCUCGCACCUACGACAACGUCGUCGCUUCCGAGCCUGCGGCCGCGGUGGCCGACGCGGGCAAGAUCGCCUUCACCACCGAGAGCUACGUGAGCGCCAAGGAGGCUGCAGGCUACGUCACGGAGUCCGGCACCAUAUCCACGCGUUGGCGGAUACUGUGUCGCUCCAGUCCGAGACAGCGCGACCGCGAAGACCAUAGAGUUCUGGGCGGCGGGCGUCGGUUGCUGCGACGGUGUGGGCACCUUCACGUGCGACUCCGCGGCCGACAGCGAUGCGCACGCGGGCGCCGUGAUCUUCGACGGCCUGGACGCAUUCACGACUUCCAGGCGCAGCUACUACGAGAAGGCCCGGGCGAAGGCCAUGGCGGAGUACGGGCUGCUGGCGCCGACCGAGCCCAUGUAUGUGCGAUGGGUGGAGACCAGCAACUUGAACAUGCUGUCCACCUACUACAAGGUCCAGGCGAUCAUAUUCGUGGUUGUCAGCUCCGCCGUCUUCGGCUGCGCCUUCGCGGCGCUGGCGUAUGUGAUGGUGCCCUUCUCGGUCCUCGGCCAGACCAAGCGCUAGUCGUGAGCGGAUGGCGGUGCCCCGCGCAGGCCCCGGUGAUCUUUGGGGGCGGGCCGAUCAUCCUCCACAGUCAGCGGGCCGAUCAAUUACACGCCUCCCAGCGUCCCGAACAAGGCAAGGCACAACGACCAGCGCCCUCCCACGACCCUGGGCUUCCUGCGACUCGGGGGGGGGGGAGGACGCGGGGGCCCCAUGUCUGCAAGUUAGGAACUUGUUGUGCAGUGCGGCGCUUCGGGGGCAGGCUGGUUGGAGCGACUGUUGCUGUUGCAUGACGUGUUGCGAUCUCAUCGUUGCGAUGCCUUCGGUGAUUACAUGUAUGCCCGUGCGCUUGCGGGACGGACUGAUCUUCCUUCUCGCCCACCUCCCUUCUUCUCAGGUGUGUGCGCUUCUCCUCCGCCUCUGUCCCACUCGUCCUGGCUCCUGGCUCCACCCGAAAGGGGAAGGAGUCACAAUCGAUAUCCCCUGUGCGUUUCCCCAUCCAGUUGGGGUCAUUGGCCGCGGAUGCGAAA